ACUUAAGCUUUCUUUGACAGCCCAUUUGCAGACGGACGUGCAAACGGUACGCGGGAAUCAAAACAUGGAAGCUCAUCGCAAAAACUGUUUCGAGCAGUUGCGGCACAAAAAUGCCUGCUCGAUCGACGAGCUCAAGUCUAGACUUCGAAAGCUUUAUGUACAGGAUCUGAAGGUCAAGCGUGAAAAGAUUUUGAAAGACAAGCGAGAUAUCGUUAUAUCGGAAGAGGAUGAUCUCGAUUUCUUUGCAAAAUACUGUCGUAAUUUCUUUGGCAGAAGUGAGGAGCCACUUGAUGUUGACGAAGACCUUUUGUACCAAAUCUGGGAGGAAAUCAGGCUUGAAGAGAUAGAAAAUGCAGAGGCAAACCUUGUCGAAAGCUUGGUGAGCCAAUGCGGCAGCCACGAGAUUGUUUGUCCUCUUUGUCUCAAGCUGCCUGCUCAACUUGAUGAAAGCCACUACUUGACUUGCACCUGUGGUCUCAAAUUCUUGCUACCCAGUCAUAUCGACUUGAAAGACUUUGAGGCCACACUAUUAACUAGCAACGAUAUUCACAGUGAGACUUGUGAUGCCACACCAGUUUACGAUGUGUGUCCAACUGAAGAAAACACACUCCAAUUCAUUUCCAGCUGCGAAUCAUGUUUAUAUUUCAACACAAUUUUAGAAAGCCCCAUUUAGAGGAUUCUCAUUCAUUUUCUUUCAUUGUAUCGUGUUGUGAAACGCUCACCUCUGCUCAUUCUUUCCAUCUUUUUUUUUUCUCUUCUUGCUCAACAUGAUCUAAUAGGCCAAGAGAUAUUUAUACACCCCGUUUCUUUCCCGUGACUCUGCCUCCCCAAUAAAUUUCGUUGCCUGUG